GAAUGUAAAAAACGCAGAAAAAAAUAAAAGAAAUAAAUUAAAUCCAUUCUGGCAAUAACGGAGACAGAAAAACAGCCAAUUCGCCCCAGAUAGAGAGUCAUAGCGUCAGGCGAGUCUGCACUGCGCCCCAUCAUAACCUCUCCUACGCAGAUACCAUCGCACCACCACGCCCCUCUCCGUUAACCUUCUUAAGCUUCAUCGUCCCCCCACACCCGUUUUUGGAAACCUUCUUCAUUCUUUCUUUUUCUCUUGGUAUUGUCUCUUUUCUUCAUCUUUGUCUUCAUUCUUUCUACUCGAUCAAGGAAAACAAAGAAGACAACUUGUCCUGCUGUACUUGCACAUCUGCUCGACUUACACCAGGAACAGCUACAACCAACGGGCAAAGUCACCACCACCACAAACUACCUCUCGCCCGUCAGAUACAACAAGCUGGUCUUGUAUAGUCAUCCGCGGCCAUGAGCCCUCAAAAGUCCGGCAAUGACGAUGCCGUCGCCCAGCACGUCUCCGGCCAGGCCAACAAGCCCAUGUCCGCCCCGGCCCACGCCCUCACCUACACACAGGUAGUCGAGGAGCUCGGUGCCGAUAAGGAAGUCGGUCUCUCGCCGGCCAAAGCAAAGGAUCUGCUGGCUCAGCAUGGACGCAACGAGUUUGGCGAACAGGAGGGCGUCUCACCCAUCAAGAUCCUCAUCGGUCAGAUCGCCAAUGCCCUCACCCUCGUCCUCAUCCUCGCCAUGGCCGCCUCCUUUGGUAUCCAGUCCUGGAUUGAAGGUGGCGUCGUUGCUGCCGUCAUUAUCCUCAACAUUGUCGUCGGUUUCUUCCAGGAGUUCAAGGCUGCCAAGACCAUGGACUCCCUCCGCUCUCUCUCCUCGCCUACCGCUCAGGCGAUCCGUAACGGCACCAACCAGACCGUCCCGACCGCCGAGAUUGUCCCUGGUGAUAUUGUCGAGCUCAAGACCGGUGAUACCAUCCCCGCCGAUGUUCGCCUGAUCGAGGCCGUCAACUUCGAGACCAACGAGGCUCUUCUUACUGGCGAGUCCCUCCCCGUCCGCAAGGAGACCGAGACCACCUUUGCCAACGACACCGGCCCCGGUGACCGUCUCAACGUUGCGUACAGCUCGUCUACUGUCACCAAAGGUCGUGCUCGUGGUGUUGUCUUCGCCACUGGCAUGUUCACCGAGAUUGGCCAGAUUGCUGCUGCUCUCCGCAACAAGCAGUCCCGCCGCCGCGAGCCUAAGCGCAAGGAGGAUGGUACCACCAACCUCGGACGCUGGAUCGAGGCCUGGACGCUCACCUGCUCUGAUGCCGUCGGUCGCUUCCUUGGUGUCAACGUCGGAACUCCCCUCCAGCGCAAGCUCUCCAAGCUGGCCCUGCUUCUGCUCGGAACCGCCAUCAUCUGCGCCAUCAUCGUCCUCGCCGCCAACAACUUCGAUACUAAGCAGGAAGUCAUCAUCUACGCCGUCGCUACCGGCUUGUCCAUGAUUCCUGCCUCUCUCAUUGUCGUCCUCACCAUAACCAUGGCUGCUGGUACCAAACGCAUGGUUCAGCGCAACGUCAUCGUCCGUAACCUCAAGAGCCUCGAAGCCCUUGGCGGAGUUUCUAACAUUUGUUCCGACAAAACCGGAACUCUGACCCAAGGUAACAUGAUUGUAAAGAAGGCCUGGAUUCCCGGCCGCGGAACCUACUCCGUCUCUGCCAACGAACCAUUCAACCCUACCAAGGGAAGACUCGGCUUCAAGAACGCCCAACCCAAGGACAUUGACUUCAAAUCCCAGGAUGCCGAAGGUACUGAAAUCAACGGCCCAGAGGCUACAAACAGUGAUGAAAACCUCCGCCAGUACCUCAACGUAGCUUCCCUUGCCAACCUUGCCUCCGUCUCCCAGGUCGACGGCGAAUGGAAGGGUCGUGGUGACCCGACUGAAAUCGCCAUCCAGGUCUUUGCCUCUCGUUUCGACUGGAACCGCCUCCGUCUUUCCCAAGGUGACGCCUCUCAAUGGCGCGAAAUUGCCGAGUUUCCCUUUGACUCCGAUGUCAAGAAGAUGUCCGUCAUCUUCGAGGAGCGCAAGACCCAGAACCAGUGGCUCUUCACAAAAGGUGCUGUCGAACGUGUUCUUACCUCUUGCCCUACUGUCGCCGUUGGUGACGAGAUCAAGCCCUUCACCGAAGAUGACAAGGAAGAAGUUCUUCGCAACAUGGAGGCCUUGGCCCGUCUUGGCCUUCGUGUCCUCGCCCUCGCCUCCCGCACCGAUAUCCGCCGUGUUGCCCACAACGAAGCUGAGCUUGAGCGUGCCGAGUUUGAGCAAGACCUCGUCUUCCGCGGUCUCAUUGGCCUCUACGACCCUCCCCGCGCCGAAUCCGCCCCGUCUGUCCGUAAAUGCCACGAAGCUGGUGUCAGCGUGCACAUGCUCACUGGUGACCAUCCUGAAACUGCUCGCGCUAUUGCCUUGGAAGUCGGUAUCUUGCCCUCUCGCAUGAACGAAAUUGCCUCCGAUGUUGCCCGCACCAUGGUUAUGGCCGCUUCCGACUUUGAUAAACUCACCGACCAGCAGAUUGAUGAACUUCCCCUCCUGCCGCUUGUUGUUGCGCGCUGCGCUCCCCAGACAAAGGUCCGCAUGAUUGAAGCCCUCCAUCGCCGCAAGUGCUUCGUCGCCAUGACCGGCGAUGGAGUCAAUGACUCUCCUAGCUUGAAGCGAGCCGAUGUUGGUAUUGCCAUGGGCCAGUCUGGCUCCGAUGUUGCCAAGGAAGCCUCCGAUAUCAUUCUCACCGAUGACAACUUUGCCUCUAUUCUCAACGCUGUUGAGGAAGGCCGCCGCAUGUUUGACAAUAUUCAAAAGUUCAUCCUCCACGUCCUUGCUGAAAACAUUGCCCAGGCUUGUACCCUUCUUGUUGGUCUGGCUUUCAAGGAUAGCCGCGGCGUCUCCGUCUUCCCACUUGCUCCCGUCGAAAUUCUCUGGAUUAUCAUGAUUACCUCUGGUAUGCCCGAUAUGGGUCUUGGCUUUGAAAUUGCCGCUCCUGAUGUUAUGCGCCGUCCUCCUCAAAACCUCAAGCAAGGUGUCUUCACUCCUGAGCUGCUUAUCGACAUGGUCGCCUACGGUCUCUGGAUGUCUGCUCUUUGCCUCUCUGCCUUCGUUCUCGUUGUCUUUGGCUUCGGUAACGGCCUGGGCGACAUUGGCGACAACUGCAACGAGAAAUAUUCCGCUGAUUGCGAUAUUGUCUUCCGUGCUCGUGCUACAACUUUUGCCUGCUUGACUUGGUUCGCCCUCUUUCUCGCUUGGGAAAUGGUCAACUUACGCCGCUCAUUCUUCCGCAUGCAACCUGGCAGCAAGCGAUACUUUACACAGUGGAUUAUCGACGUUUGGCGCAACAAAUUUCUCUUCUGGUCCAUCAUUGCCGGCUUUGUCACCAUGUUCCCCAUCAUCUACAUCCCUGGACUCAACACCGUGGUCUUCAAGCAUGCUCCCAUCAGUUGGGAAUGGGGCAUUGUCUUCAUCGAAGCGGUUCUCUUCUUCCUUGGCGCAGAGGCUUGGAAAUGGGGCAAGAGAAUCUACUUCCGUCGCCAGGCUCGCAAGUCUAGCUCCCACUUGGCUGACAUUGAAGAGAGGACAUUUGGUCACUACUUUAGCUCAUCGCGCUCUGUCACUGAGGCAGGCAGUGGUGACGAGGAGAACUUGUCGUCAGCUAAUGAGAAGAAGCGUCGCCAAUAACACAUGGUGAGAAGCAAAGACAAAUGCGGAUUGACGACGUGAGGAUGAGCUGGUAAAGCGGCUACCUUUUCCUAUGUAAAUGUGUGUUUUUUGCCCAGUCCCAUUUUGUUUGUUUUUGAAUAUCCUGUUUUGCAUGCUGGCGCACCUGAUACAUGGGCUUGUCGUGAAGCUAGCCUAUUGUUUACAAAACAAAGAAACAAUAUUGACCUGCAUAUUUGGUCCAUUUAACGGUAACCAGCUUAGAGUAAGUCGCUGGAGUCUACUUUGGUAAACUCCGGCAUAUCAAAUAGAGAGCGCAAAAUAACGCGCGCAUAUAUGCCAGCCUGGCAUAAUAGUUAUAUUGCAUAGUUUGAAUAUAAAAGUCAGCACACUGUCAUGGAAUCAUGUGUGAACAGAUUUACUCGAAACAUUGUUAUGAAACCGUGGCGAAUGAUUCAGCUACGCUCAAACCCGUUGACCGCACACUAGAGCCGAGUUUCAAGCUUCAGAUCUCAUCGAGAUAGAUACCUGUUAAACAGCGGACACCACGUUGGCCAAAUCCGUGACAUUGGCUGUAUCAUGAGUGCGUACUGUGCCUCAAAGCGUUUUUUUUGUUCCACGUCUGUUUCCUAUAUUGGGUGCGGUAUUGUCUCUUGCCGUAUGCAUCUGCCGAAAAUAAUGACUCUUUUGAGCCUGCGGCAGUCGUCCGAUGCAGAUUGUUGUAAUAUGGGUACGGCCGCUGCUCCGGUUCGUUGAGAAAGCGAUACCGAAGUUCAUCCCCUACUGACAGCUGGGUCCCCAGUAAACGAGUCGCAUCUGCGGACCGCUUAGCCAGACCCCCUGCCAUCAGCGUGACUGAAAACGCCUUUGCAACACCCCAACAAAGAGUAUUUGGAGAGCGAAAGAGAGAACCAAAAAAAAAAAAUCAAACGGACCUUCGGCUCAUGUUAUUGCCCGAUCUUUUAUAUUAUAAGGUUUGUGUCUUGAUUCGGAAUGGACUGCGGGAAGUGGGCGUUGGCUGCCAUCUCGGCGCAGGUCGGUGUUAGGAUAAAUGUCCUUCCUCGUCCAAUCCCAGACUAUUUGACGCCAAUAUUUCGUGUCCAAAUGGGCAACUUAAUCGCGAGAAAAUCGCGGCACUUGCGAUCUCAGGAGGCCGGAAGUCGCCUAAACUCAUUAUGCAAGGGUUUCUAUACCGCUCUCGGCUCUCGCUGUAAUGCUGUGUGGCAUUGCCGCGAGGACCGAAUGUGGCACGCGACUAGCCAAUACUUUGGGUAAAGGAUCGCCCUCCAGCACUCAAAGUCGCCCAGGCGUUGAGGCUAAGGGUUGUUUAUUUGCAUCUCCGGACGCACAGCCUUAACCGUUUGAAUCGCCGGAGGUUUACCAAUCCAAAUACAUGACUCCGACAUGGUUCGGGGUUUGCCAACUGUACCGUUGGCCGCUGCCGAACAACAGCUGAGGCAACCAAGACUGAGGUCCAACCAGAUCAGCAUGACUCGAUAUUAGUGGCGAAUGGUAACCACCUGACUGGGUGAGCUCGGCGUCGCAAAUAAAUUGAUUGACAAGAGACGCUAAAUAUUGAGCUUAAUUGUAACGGCUAUCGGUGCCCUGGUCAACGGCUCCCGCGGAGUUGUAGAUGCUGCUGUCUGCCCAGUGAUAUUGCAGCGCAAGUUAUUGGCUCCGCGUAUUCUGGUGGAGAUCGAAUCGACAAAACGGGCUGUCAAGUUGACGUGCAUCAACUGCCGGCGGCAGCGAAUUUUGCCCAGGGUCUAUAUCAGGCGUUGUUUAAUGCUCUCGCAUUUCGCUCCAAGCCGAUCGGAAAAUGCCUCUGGCUUCUUCCGCGGUGGCGCAAGACAAGAAAAACUGCCCUUGCUACUCAUGGAUUUAACCCAGAAGUGUCAGGCAUCCAGCCGCCUGUUGUUAUUGCUGCGACUGUAUAGUGGCUAUCCCUCUGCCCUGCUGGCGUCAUUGGAUGGGCGAUCUGGAAGCUGCAUGGAAUAUUCCUUCGCUUCCAUGCAACCGCCUAAUGCAAGAGUUGAGUUGGCGCAUCUAGUAAGGCGCAACUAGUGAAAGUAGUUGGUCGAAACGUGGAAUUUAUUCCGAAUUUCGUGUUGCCC